UGCUGACCCGGAAGUGCGGGCGGGAUGUGUUUCCGGGGUCAGUGGUGAUGUGGCCGAGAAUCUGAGCUCAGCCAUGCUUAGCCGCUUGUCGGAUAUUGCCAAGGGGGUGAACACUGUGCUACACGAGCUGUCCGGGGAGGGCGAUGAGCAGCCGGACAGCACACCAGAGGCUGUGAGUAACAUCAACCACAUGGAGCCGGUGCUGGAGGCUGAGGUGCCGGAGGAUGUGUUGGAGAGGCUGGCACACACUGAGCAGCUGGUCGGGCAGCUCAAGGAACUGAUACGUGAGAAAGAUCUUCAGCUUCAGAGCAAUGAGGCUGCCCACAAGGGGGAGAGGGAGGUGGCGGAGGCCAGGUUGGCUAAGCUGAAGCUGCAGGCGAAGGGGAGGAUCUCAGCCCUGACCGGCCGCAUCGAGGAGCUGCAGAGUGGAACCGCUCACUCCACAACCUCACCCACAGCCACACCACCAUCGCCUGAGCCAGAGAGCGCUGAGCACAGCCCAGCGCAGACCAGCGUGGGGCAGGGAGACGCGGGGGUGCAGACUGAGCUGGACAGACUGCGGCAGGAGCUGCUGGCCGAGGCACAGAGGUGCUGGAGCCUACAGGGGAGGCUGGAGAGCACAGAGGAGCAACUGCGAGUCUGUAAACAACAGCUGGAGCUGAGGGCAGCCGAGCACGCAACACAGGUGCGAGAGCUGCAGGAGGUGAUUGAGGAGAAGGAUGUUCGCUUCCAGGAGCAGAUUCACAAACACGAGGAGGAGCUGGUCAGCCUGGCCACCGCUCCUGGGGGCUCCUCACAGCUCCAACAGACAAUAAGAUCUUUACAAACGAAGCUGGAGGAGAAGGAGGAAGCUCUUGUUGGACGGACACGAGUGGUAGAGAUGUUACAGCAGGAACUGAAUAACAGUGAGCAGAACAAUCAGGCUCUCACCGGGAGGCUACAGGCUGCUGAGGCGGCUCUGGAGGUGGAGAGACACUCAGCACAGGCACCACGGGAGGAGCACCAUGAGGAGGCUGGGGGAGAGCAGACCAGCCAGGGCCAGGCUCUGCCACAGGAGAUCAGCCCACUCCAGGAGGAGCUGGACAGCGAGAGGGCAUCACAAGCUGAGAUGGCAUUACUGCAGGAGACCAGGGUCCAUGUCCGGGAGCUGGAGGAGGAAGUGAGGUCACUGCAGACCGCUGCGAAGGAGCAGGAGGUAGCCUUGCUGAACCGUGUGGCGGAGAUGGAGGAGGAGAAGGGGAGUUUGCUGCUGAAGGUUGUGGAGUUUGAGGAGGUCCGAGCUGAGAAUGAGAGCCUGCGUGGCCGGGUGAGGGAGCUGGAGGAGCAGAGCGAGAGGAACGCAGUGCCAGAAGAUCCCGAUCCCAACCAGGCUGGAGCAUCUGACGCCAUGACCCUGGAGCCCACAGAGUCAGAGCCUGUCACCAGAGCCCCGUCUCCUGGGGUCACAGGACACAUGGAGCAAGUCUCCACAGAGGAGACGGGAGAUCGUGCUGUCGAUGGGGGAGCAGAGGGAGAAGGAGGUGAAGCGGAGGCCGGGAGCGAUCAGCAGCCCAGAGACACGUGCAAUUUGAUAUCUUCACAGAGGAGCGUUUGUGAGAAGGAUCAGGAGCUGGGGGAUGUGCUGCACAGACUGGCUGAAGCCCAGGAGCUGAUACUGAGGCUCAGGUUGGAGUUGGAGGAGAGGACUGGGGGUGUGACAGCCUCCGCUGUGCGGGAGAUGGAGAGAGGCUCUGCUUCACUACUAGACGUUUGCGGAGAACAGAUGGGAUCAUGCGAGGCUGUGGUGACUAGCCCGGUGGGAGCAGUGGAAGGAGGGAACGUUUGGGCCAGGGAACAGGAGGAGAGCAUUACCACUGCUGUCCAGCAGGAGGCGACAACAUGCUCCAGCACUGAGCAGGACCUGGGGAGUGAACCUGGACCAGGGUCCGGAGAGCAAGUGGAGGCUCAAGGGGAUUCAGGAGAGGAACAGCGAAGAGAGGUGUGUGGAGAUGAACUUCCGGAGCAGGAAGAGGCGGAGAAUCUUCAGGGGCAGGAGCUGGAGGACACAGAGACUCUUCCUGGUCAACAGCGGCAGGAAGAGGUGGGCCAUGAUGAGCGAGAGGCGGAGCAUGGUGUGGGAGAGGCGGGGCAUGGUGAGGGAGAGGCGGAACAUGCUAGGGGAGAGGCGGGGCAUGGUGAGGGAGAAGAGGGGCAUGGUAAGGGAGAGGCGGAGCAUAGUGGGGGAGAGGCGGGGCAUGGUGAGGGAGAGGCGGACCAUGGUGGGGGAGAGGUGGAGCAUGGUGAGGGAGAGGCGGACCAUGGUGGGGGAGAGAUGGAGCAGGGUGAGGGGGAGGUGGGGCAUGGUGAGGGAGAGGCGGAGCUCACCCAGAGGGCUGUGGACAGCCUGACUGAGGAGAGGGAUGGGCUCUUAGCUCAACUGGAGCUGAGAGACAAGGAGUUGCGUGAGGUAAUGUGGCUGAAGGCUGAGCUGGAGCGAGGGCAGGAGAGCAUGGCCCUGACUGAGCAUGCCCUGCGCCUGGAGAUGGAGGAGGCCAUUGUAAGCAGCCGUCUGCUGGAGGAACGCCUCCACAGCUCGGUCACCGAGUCCCGGUCAAAGGAUGUGAAGGUUGAGGCCCUGCAGAAGGACUUGGACGCCCUGCAGCACUGCUUGUCUGAGCAGGAAGCCGAGGCCCGAGCGGUGCGAGAGCAAGGCUGGGAGAGCGAGCAGGCAGUGGCUAGGCUGAGCCAGGGCCUGAGUGAGAACGAGGCCCAGGCCGAGGAGCUACAGCGAAGCCUGGACAACACUGAGCAGCAGUUGGCGUUGGCCCGGCACAGCCUGACCCAGGAGGCCACCGAGGCCCAGCGGCUCCGCAUGGCGCUGGCUCAGAGAGAGGAGGAGGUCAGCGAGGUGACAGCCAGCCUCUCCGAGAAGAUGGUGGAGCUCAACGAGGACAAGUUUUCACUGGGGGAAGAGGUGAAGAGGCUGAGGGAGAGGCUGUGCCAACUGGAGGCCAGUCGAGGAGAGGUGGAUUCUCAACAUGAUGGCUCCCAGGGCGAGGGGCAAGUGUACCAGGCAGAGGCUGGUGAAGGAGGGACAGGGACCGCAGGUGAUCUCUCCCAGCGCGGCCAGGACGAGGGGCAAGCGGACAUCCCCAGAGGAGACCAGGCUGGAGAGGAGAAAGUGGGACUGGAGGAAGAGUUGGAGAAACUGAAGAAGGAAAAUGAACAGAUAAAGAGGAAGUUUCAGGCCUCUUUGGUAAAGAGGAAGGAGCUUCUGAAGAAGGUCAAGGAGUUGGAGAAGAGUGUGGAGCUUCAGACGUCACAAAGCCCCGCUCUGGGGAAGACUGACAGUGAUAACAACACAGGGUCUUCGGGGCAAGAGAGAGAGCCUGAGCUCACAGCCCCCUUGAACACCCAGAUUAUUGAACUGAGAAGAGAGCUAUCCUACAGGGAAGCGGAGUUUGGGGAUGUGAGAGUUGUUUUGCGAGAGCAGGAAGCUGCCAUGGGACAGCUCCGGAAGCUGGUGGGGGAUCUGAACCAGAGCCUGGAAGAGAGAGAGACCACCAUGAGCUGUCUGCAAACCACAAUCUCAGAGAAAGAUCUGACCAUCCAACAGCUGCUGGCGCAGCAUGAGGGAUUAUUACCCCCGGAAAAGCCAUCCACCAAACAGGUGGAGGGAGUAGACUCAGGAGGCGAAGGGCUGGAGACAGGCUAUCCUGGGGUGGAGGUGCUCGACCCUGUGACCUCUCUGGGAAGUGCGAGCGGCAGUGAGCUUGAGGCUAAACUCGCUGGGCUGGAACUGGACAGGGAACAGCUACAGAGGAAGCUAGAGGAAGCCUUGUCCUCACGGAAGGAGACGAUCAAGAAAGCUCAGGAGAAAGCCCGUCAUCACCGGGAGCAGGUCAGACAGCAGAAGGAGGAGUACUCCCUCCUGGCGGAGAGCCUGAGCCAGGAGCAGAGGGAGAAGGACAGCCUGCGUCAGGACCUCCUCAGCCUGAGAGAGCAAAUCCGCCAGGCAGAGGAGAGCCCCUCAGCCCCCAGCGAUCACCAAGACCUGACUGCCAUUCUGAGACAAAAGGACAAGGAGCUGGAACAACUUCAGCUUCGCCUGAAGGAAAAGGAGGAAGUCCGCAAGGAUCAGGGGCAGACGAAGCCUGGGGAAGGCCUGAGCGGAGAGCAAGGAUCCGAAGCAUCCCAUGGGGACAGACCAGAGGCCAGUGUGGAGGUCAGUGAGCAGGUCAGUGAGGAGCACCAGGCACCUUUGGAGAACAUGGAUUCUGGCUGGAGCCAGGACUGGGUGGACAUACCUGCUCCGGGGAUGGUCCAGGAUUCCAUGGGCGGGCUGGGAUCAGGACCGGGACCUGGAGAGCCGUUUGGAAGCGGAUCGAGGGGCGAUGUUGAGGGUGAGGCAGGUGGUCGUGAAGGAAAACCGUGGGAAUUGGUGGAUCGUGAUCAGAGGGCGAGGGAGGAGAGUGAGGAGCGAGUGGCGGAGUUAGAGCACACCUUCGGGCUGGAGAGAGAGGAGUUGCUGGGGGAGAUCGAAGCUCUGAAGGUGAAGUGUCAGGAGGCGGAGGUGUACACAGAAGACCUGAAACUGGCACUGGAGACAGCCAAGGCACACACCUCACUCUCUGAGGAACUCGCAGCAAUGAGCAAAGAGUACGAGGAACUGAAGGCGAUUUUGGGUCAAAGGGAGGAAGAAAUGGAACGUCUCCAUCUACGGCUGAAGGAACACGAGGAGUUGAUUGAAGAUCAGCGCCGGAGGAUCACCUCCGAACAAGAACUGGCCAAGGCUUUGCAGGACAGGAUGGGGGAGCAGCUGAAGGAACGGGAGGAGUUGCGAGCGGAGCUGCAGGAAGCCCGGCAACGGGAGGAGGAAGGCACACAGGAGGCCAGGUCCAGGCAGCAGAUACAGAGGAAACUCCAGGCCGCACUCAUCUCCAGGAAGGAGACCCUGAAGGAGAACAAGUCCCUGAAGGAGGAGAUGGCUGGCGCGGAGCGAGACAAGGAAGAGCUCACUGGCAAAAUGGCCGACUUGGAGCGGAUCUCCUCAGCCCUCAGGAGGGAGAGCGAGGAGACGGCUCUCAAGAUGUCCAGCCUUCGGGAGCAGAACGGAAAGCUGAUCGAGGAGGUGGACAAGGCGCUAGACGAGAACUACAACCUGAACUCCUCGUGUGAGAGCCUGAAGCUGGCUGUGGAGGGGGUGUUGCGGGAGAAGGACAGCCUGGAGCAGGAGAUGGUGUCCCUGAAGGAGGUCCAGGCCGGGCAGAGGCGGGAAUGGGAGAGCAAGCGGGCUGAGCUCCAGCAGGAGUACGAGACCCUCCUGCAGGCCUACGAGAACGUGGGCGGGGAGACGGCCAGGCUGGGCCGGGCCCUGGACGUGGCCAAGCAGGACAGGCAGGAGCUGCUGAGCCGGCUGCGGGCGGGCGAGGCUGGCACCCGGGAGCUGGAGGCACGGCUGGAGGAGGCCGCCCAGGAACAGGAGAAGACCCGGGAGAAGAUGAGGAAAUUCGCCAAGUCCAAGCAGGUGAAGAUCCAGGAGCUGGAAGAGGAGAUUGCGGCGCUCCAGGUAAAAGGACAACCCGGAACACCGGGAACGCCGCCAGCCGCGCAGACGGUUCCCGGGUCGGCAAACGAGGCAGACGGACGAUGGGAGGACAUCACCGGGGAGUUGGCCACCAGGAAUCGGGAACUGAUGGCGGAGCGUGAAUCCUUGGAAGAAGAAGCCAGGAUGUUGCGGUUGCAUCUGGCAGAUGCGGAGGAGAAGCUGAAGGAGAGCCUGAGGAGAACAGGAAAGGACGAAGAGACCCAGGAACGGGACGUCACAUCACAGGAUGUGACCUCACAGGAAGAGGUCCCCCCGGCCGGCCACCCCGAGAUGAAGGUCAAGGUGGAGUUUGAGGGCAAGUUGGGAUCCAACUGGACCUCACCCGCCGGGUCCACACUCGCUCCUAAAGCUGACGGGAGUGGGCAGCGCGCGUCCGAGCUGGAGAAGAGGGUGAGAGAGCUGGAGAGCCAACGUCAAGACACCAAGAAUGAGAUUCGAGCCUUAAUGGCGGCCAAGCAGGCCUGGGAAGAGGAGAGAGCGCGGAUGGAGGGGGAGAUAGAGAGGCAGCGGGAGGAGGUGAGGCGGGUGGAACAGUCGCUGUCUGAGCGAGAGCUGGACACCGGCCAGUGGCAGGAAAAGGUGGCGGCUGCAACGAGGGGGAAGGAAACAGCCGAGGCGGAGAGAGACGACCUGGAGGAGAGAUUGAUGAACCAGCUGGCGGAGCUGAACGGUAGCAUCGCUAAUUACCAGCAGGAGCUGGAGGUGAGUGGCAGGAAGGUGUGUGAACUAGAGGUGAUGGCCCAGAAUCAGGGCAGGCAGGUGGGAGAGCUGGAGGAGGAGAUCAGGCAGCUGAGGAGAAGUAAGGCCGAAGGGGAGGACAGGAUGCGCAAGGAAUUUGAGCAGAAAGUGAAGUCCAUCCAACGGGGGCGAGACGGGAGCAAGACCCACAACGCUGAACUACAGGAGCUGCUGAGGGAGAAACAACAGGAGGUGAAACAGCUUCAGAAGGACUGUAUCCUAUACCAGGAGAGCAUCAGCCAUCUACAGAGGAGCCUCAAGGCCCUGCAGUUCGUGCAGGACGAGACGCAGAAGGCAUUGGACACUGCCAAGAGAGAGGCGGCAGAUAGAGACGAGGACAGCCGGAGAGCGAGGGAGGAGCUGGCCGCCUUCAGGGUCAGGCUGGACGACACACAGAGUGAGGCGGGUAGGGUCUUGGCGGACAAUGUCAGGCUCCGGGAGGAGGUCAAGGCCGGGGAGAGCAAGGCUCAGGGUCAGCUGGCCAGGAUGGAGAAGGAGCUGAACAGCAGGCUGGAGCUGGAGAAGGAAAAGUGCAGGAAGGAGGUGAGGAAUGCCCAGGAGAGAGCGGAGGGCCUGGAGCGGGAGAAGGCGCACACAGAGGCCACCGUCCGCGAGCUCAGAGACACUCUGGAGGAGAAGAGGGAGGAGGGCAAGCGACUGCAAACCAGCUUCAACGAGAACCUGGCCAAGUUGGCGGCCUUCACACGCAGCAUGUCCUCGCUGCAGGAUGACCGGGACAGGAUCAUCGAUGAGUCGAGGAAGUGGGAAACCAAGUUCAACCAGGAUAUGGUGAGGAAGGAGGAGGAGAUGAGGAGUGGGCAGGAGGAGGUGGCCAGGUUGAAGGAGGCCUUCAGACAGAGCACCAUCCAGGGCGAGGAGCUGGAGCUCAAGCUCUCCAGGUCGGAGCUUGCGGAGCGGGAAUGGGAAUCGCACCUGGAGUCAGUGGAGGCCAGUCACCGGCUGGUGGUGGGGAGGCUGGAGGAGGAGGUGAGCGAGCGGGUGGCCAGGCUGGAGGAGCUACAGAGACUGUACGCAGACUGCGAGAGCGAGGUGCGGAGGCUGAGCGAGGAGGCCAGGGGGCUGCAGGAGGAGGCGGCCACGCUACGGAGCCGGGCAGAGACGCUGAUGGAGACCCAGGACCGACUGGAGGUCAGGCUGAGGGAUAGCGAGGCCGAGGCACAGGGCUUGAGGCUGACGUGUGAGCAGCUGAGCUCAGACCUGCAGACCUCCAAGGCACUGACCGACCAACUGCAAGCGGAGGCGGGGGAGACGGAGGGGAAGAUCGUGGCUCUGCUGGAGGCCAAGGAGGCCGCAGUGGGCAGUGCGGUGAGUGAGCUCCAGCAGCAGCACGCCGGGGAACUGGAGCAGUGGGAGGCACGUCUCCGAGAGGCUGAGGGGGAGCGAGACCAGGCAGAGCAGGCCCUGAGGGAGCUGCAGAGCGUGGCUGAGACCCUGCGGGGGGAGCUCAGGCUGAGCAGCGAGGAGACCCAGAGACACAAGGACAAGAUGCUCACCUUCAGCAAGUCCAUGGCCUCGCUGCAGGCUGACCGGGAGCGUGUGCUGGCUGAGCACAAGGAGCUGGAGAGCCGGCACAGGGAGCUGGGGGAGCUGAGAGACCGCCAGGCGGGGGAGGGGGUCGAGGAGACCACGCAGCUCCGAGAGCAGCUGCGGGAGCUACAGGCUCGCAUGGACGACACCAACUCAGAGAACGCCAAGCUGAGCGCACAGCUGGUCCGUUACAGAGAGGACCUCAACCAGGUGAUUACAAUGAAGGACUGUCAGCACAAGCAGGUGCUGAGCUCUCACGUGGAGCGGGUGAGAGCAUUGGAGGGGGAGAAGGCAGAGGUGAGGGAGCAGCUGGGAGAGGCUGAGAGCAGAGAGCAGCAGCUCACACAGCUCCUGGAGUCUGUGACGGGGGAGAAGGAAUCUCUGAGCGGCCAGUUAGCCUCACUGGAAGGUACGGUGUUGGAGCUGAGGCAGGAGGUGGAGAGCCUAACCGGGGGAGGACCUCUGAGAGUCCUGCAGGACCAGCUGGAGGGGAAGAGCGCGGAGGCUGAGGAGCUGCGGGGCGGACUGGCCAGGGCGGUGACAGAACGGGACGAGGCCAGAAGCAAGCUCCAGGCAGCAGAGGCCAGACACAUGGAGGAGCUGAGGAGACAGGAACGAGACACUGGCAUCAUGAGAAACGAGACGGAGACGGCGGAGGAGAGGGUGGCCGAGUUGGCUAGGGACCUGCUGGAGAUCGAGGAGAGGCUGCGGCAGGUCAUGGAGGAGCGGGAGGGCCUGAGGGCACAGAACCAGGCCUUUGGCAAAGCCAUGGGGUCUCUCCAGCACAGCCGGGACCAGCUCCUGGCACAGCUGGAAGAGGGGAGCAACAAGGAUGCUGAGGCUCGGUGUCGGGCGCUGGAGGAGGACAAAGCUGGGCUGACUGCACAGCUGGACGGCUUUGCCAGGACAGUGAUGGCCCUGCAGGGCGAGCGGGACAGGCUGAGCGACCAGUUGGCAAGAGGCUGGAGGAUACAGGAGGCCAGGCAGGGGGCGUCACCGGGCACCGUCAGCUCCCCCCCCACCACCACCGCUGCCGAGGCACAGAGUCUCCGCAAAGCACUGGCCGCUCUACAGGAUGACCGGGACCGACUGCUGAAGGAGCUGCGACAGCUCCGGGCGGAGCGAGUGCGAGCGGGAGAGGAGUCGGAGUUGCGGGCACAGCUGAGGCAGCUGGAGGCACAGCUGGAGGAGCAGCGAGAGUGCCGGGAGCGAGCGGACCAGGACAACGCCGAUCACCACCGGCAGCUACAGCAGUUCAGGGAUGAGAAGCAGGUACUGGAGCAGCAGAUGGAGAGGUACCUGGUGACCAUGUCGGACAAGGACAGGGAGAUCAGCGAGCUCCAGGCUCACAGCCACACACAGCAGGUGGAGGUUGAGAGGCUGGAGACGGAGCGGAGUGGCCUGACCUCACAGCUCAACGCCUGUCUGACAGAGCUUCACCACAGAGAGCUCCGCAUCCAGCACCUCAACAGCAAGAUGGCCCAGGUGUACGAGGAGAGGAACACUCUGGCCGCUCAGGCGAGGAGGAACGGCCAACACCAGAGGGACACACAGCAGCAACUCAACCAACUACAGGCCCAGCUCCACACUGCCCCUGGCAAGAGCGAGUCCUCUGUGGACACAGCCCCUGGGGGGCCACAGGAGAUUCGGGGACCAGAGCUGGAGAGCGGGCAGACGGAGUGCGGAGAUCUCAAACUCAGGCUGGCUGAGGCUAGGCGGCUGCAGGAGCGAGCAGAGGGGGAUGUCGAGCGAAUGAGGCUCAUCCUGGCCGAGGAGCAGGAGAAACGGCUGGGAACAGAGGAGGCCCUGCUCGCCAGCCAGCAGCAGCUCCGCAGCGCUGAGCUGAGCGAGUGGGUGAAUGCCCAGGAGGAGCACGCCAUGCUGAUCGAGCUGCCCCACACCACAACAAGCAGCCGGACCCGCAGUAGCUCAGGAACCAGGUGUCUGCGCUCCCUGUGCUUCCCUCGCUCCAGGAACAAGGUGCUGUUGUCCAUCUACAUGCUGGUGCUCCACGCCGCGGUGCUGCUGUGUGUGACCGGGGUGCUGUGAGCACAGAGAACCUCCCACCCCCCCCUAUUGUUGGGUUGGGUUAACAGCCCAUGUGCAGAGGCACACAGCCAGGGAGUCAAUGGAAAAGUUUGUCUCGAAUUCCCUCAGCACGCAGGCGGUUGUACACCGUUACCCCAACCCAACCCAUCAUUUUGCACAUUGGGGCAGAUUAGCCCAGCCUAGUUCUCGGGGCAUGUGAUUUUGCCCUUUCUCCUGCUUGGUGUUUUUCAGUGGGUAUUUGUGAGGGGGUGGUGGGGGGUGGGGGGGAAGCGACGAUUAUCAUUGAGGGGGUGAAAUCAUUGUGUGUCGCUCCACGGCACAGACACAACACACAGGAAAGGGGUUCGGGGUUACAGCCCAGAUAUCACAGCAUUUUGGCAGGGAGAGGAACUGGGUGUGGAGCUUUAAACCCCAUCAUUAUCCCCCAAUCCCCACUCAGAGGGUUUUGUCUGCCUCUCACACGGUGGGGUGGGGGGGGAGGAGGUUGCUCUAUGCUUUUCCCGAUCCCCGGGAUCAGAGCUUGAUCCCCACCUCACUCUCUGAGCCAGGAUGUAGUUGCUGAGAAUGGCGACACUUGGCGAGUGGUGGUGGGGGGUGUCAGUGACCCUGGGGGGGGAGUUUGAAGCAACACAUUGAUUAUCGCCUGAGUCGUGUCUCCCCUAUACAAGUGCCUCCCGGCUGCUCUUUGGGGCCGGGAUCAGGGGUUCCUUCUUUCCGCCUUCCCCCGCCCCCACCCCCUGGUCCAGGGGAAUCUCACUGAUCAUUCUUAGCUGAACAACAUCCCGGGGGGUGGUUCUGACACACGGAAACCCAUCGCCGUGCUUAAGAGUCUCCAAACCAGCCCGAGCUCCACAUAUUUGUCGUCAUCUACACAUGGAAAUCUCCCUGUGUCUGGAAUGGAAUGUGCUCUCU